AUGAGUUGGAGCUUGGAGCACUGGAAGAAUACUUGUGAAAAUCUGGAAUCAAAAGUUCAACAACUACAUGAUGAAAUGGAACAAGUACUCCAGAAAAAGGGGUAAGAAAUUUCAGAUUUGCUUUCCAAGAAUGAAGAACUUUCCAAUGAUAUUAAAAAGUUGGAAAGCAAUAGAUAUGAACACAAAGGAAAAGACAUUUCCAGAAAGUAAAAAUAUGUGCAGGACUCUGAAAUCAUUUACGUCUCGAGCUGAAGUUGGAUUAUGGUUUUCUAAGUCAUUUGGGCCAAAUGUGGAAAAUAUAACUGAGUGAAUUAAAAACUGGCAACAUUCAUAACUUGAACAAUGAGAAGAAGGCAAAUUCAUCAACUGCCCAAGGGUAGACUCUGUCUCUGAGAUGGAUAAGUCGAAAGUAGAAAAAGUACACUUUCUCCUAGACAAAUUUUGUGUUGGAGACAAUUUUUGCCACGAAAUAGCAAUGUUGGUAGAUGACUUACCAAAGUCCUACCUGGUGAAACAAAGAAAGGAUCAGCUAAACUAAACAAACUAUGUCAUCUUAACAACAUAAAACGCUCACUGAGUUUCCAGCGAUAUACAUACCCUUUUCUAGAUAUAUACCUAAUAAUAAUAAGCAAACGAACGAAUGUAUUCCUUCCACUCGUGAGCUCAUUCACCAUUGUCACAUAUAGUAAAUGUCCAGGCCUUGUGACCCUGGAUGGGCACUUAAAAGGAAAGAAUACACACACACAAAGGUUUAUUUAUUCAACCAUUACAAGAGAACGAUUGAACAACUGCGCAUGAACGAACGUCCAAAGUGAAUGCCUCUUGUUAGCCACCUACCAAAUUAUCAUUAGCAUAACAAUAUGUCUCACACAACUCAUUUCCUUGUCGUCAUAUCAUAACAAACCAUAUCAGGAAAUAUGAAUAUCAAUUACAAACCUUUAGUCAAAUCCAUGACCUUCAGGAAUAUUUACCUACAACUGUAGGAUUUAAGUGCAAAGCACCAAAAAUAACAAUAUGAAAUUGGUCGAAGACCCGUACUCAGGAAAUAAAAUAACAACAUAAAACGCUCAUCCAGGGUCACAAGGCCUGGACAUUUACUAUAUGUGACAAUGGUAAAUGAGCUCACGAGUGGAAGGAAUACAUUCGUUCAUUCGCUUAUUAUUAUUAGGUAUAUAUCUAGAAAAGGGUAUGUAUAUCGCUGGAAACUCAGUGAGCGUUUUAUGUUGUUAUUUUAUUUCCUGAGUACGGGUCUUCGACCAAUUUCAUAUUGUUAUUUUUGGUGCUUUGCACUUAAAUCCUACAGUUGUAGGUAAAUAUUCCUGAAGGUCAUGGAUUUGACUAAAGGUUUGUAAUUGAUAUUCAUAUUUCCUGAUAUGGUUUGUUAUGAUAUGACGACAAGGAAAUGAGUUGUGUGAGACAUAUUGUUAUGCUAAUGAUAAUUUGGUAGGUGGCUAACAAGAGGCAUUCACUUUGGACGUUUGUUCAUGCGCAGUUGUUCAAUCGUUCUCUUGUAAUGGUUGAAUAAAUAAACCUUUGUGUGUGUGUAUUCUUUCCUUUUAAGUGCCCAUCCAGGGUCACAAGGCCUGGACAUUUACUAUAUGUGACAAUGGUAAAUGAGCUCACGAGUGGAAGGAAUACAUUCGUUUGUUAGCUUAUUAUUAUUAGGUAUAUAUCUAGAAAAGGGUAUGUAUAUCGCUGGAAACUCAGUGAGCGUUUUAUGUUGUUAUUUUAUUUCCUGAGUACGGGUCUUCGACCAAUUUCAUAUUGUUAUGUCAUCUUAGUGUCACACCAGGGGAAGAAGGAGCUCGAGGGGCUGAAAUUGAGUCAUCGGAAGGAAUUGCCGAAGGAGAUCCUCUUGCAAUGGCUAUGUAUGCUCUGGCCGUAACACCCUUAAUUCGUAAGCUGAGAUCACAUGAACCAACCCUUAAACAGGUAUGGUUUGCUGACGAUUCCUCUGGUGGCGGAAAGAUAAUUUCUUUAAGAAGAUGGUGGCAAUGCCUACUAUCUGUCAGCCCGUAG